CCUGUUGCCAGGAUAUUAAGGUGGCUGUUAACAGAUUUACACGUUAUCUUGCGUGGUUGCUUGUUGGUGCUUCCCCCCCACACACACACUAAUGCCCAUCUGUCUGUCCCCUGGGGUCCCCUGAGUUGCAGCUUCACCUGCAGGAGCAUCGCUGCAACCUGGGCCGUGGCUGCAGAGUCCGGGCUGUGUUCUUCUGAGUGACUUAAGGAACACAACGAGGAGGAAAAAUAUCCAACUCGGCCUUGUCUCGAGUUGCUUGUCAGGCUUUAAAAUAAGAAGGGCAUGAGCAUCGCCGUGCUGGGCCCCACCUUCCCCAGCCUGGCCGCCAACGUGCGCAGGAACGUCACCGACAUCGCCUACGUCUUCGUGGGCCGCUCGCUCGGCUACCUGGGCGGCUCCGUGCUCGGCGGCGCCCUCUGCGACUGCACCGACGCGCUGCUGCUGCUCGCAUUAUCCAUGUUUGGAACAACAGUUGGUCUUUAUGGGAUACCCUGGUGUAAGAAAUCCCUGCUGUUAACUGUCUUAAUGUCAGUCAUUGGAGCUUCCAUGGGAAUUCUAGACACAGGUGGCAAUGUACUGGCACUGAAUACCUGGGGAUCAGAGGCUGGGCCACAUAUGCAGGCCUUGCACUUCAGUUUUGCUGCUGGUGCGUUUGUGGCUCCAAUCCUGGCUAAAAUGGCCUUGGGAGGCUCAGAAUCUAAAGACCUUCCAGCAGGUGGAAAGACAAAUGAGUCUGUCCCAAGGUCUGUGCCGACAGCACCAUCUGCAUCAGCUGUGUCAGUGUUGAAACACCACUUCGGUGCAGACUUUUUGUGGUCCUACGUUGUCAUAGGGACCUAUCUUCUGUUUGUUUCUUUUUUAUUUUUUAUUUUGUAUUCAAAGGGCAACUCGGCUCGAGACAAAUCAAAGGCCGCUUCGCAGAAAGGCACAUUUGCCAAAUACCACUAUGCCCUUAUUUUUCUUCUGUUCAUGUUCUUCUUCUGGUACGUGGGAGCGGAGGUCACUUAUGGCUCUUACAUAUUUACUUAUGCAAAGGUCUUUGCUGAGAUGAAAGACAGUGAAGCAGCUGCUUUGAAUUCUGUCUUCUGGGGUGCGUUCGCCGCUUGCCGAGGCUUGGCAAUAUUCUGUGCUGCUUGCUUGUACCCCGGCACCAUGAUCCUCCUCAGUCUCGUAGGCUCAGCUGUCUCCUCUUCGUGCUUGGUCUUCUUUGCGAGUUACCCGGCUUCCCUGUGGGUUGGAACCGCCGUGUAUGGAGCGUCAAUGGCUACCAUCUUCCCCAGUGGCAUCUCCUGGAUAGAACAGUACACGGUUGUUCAAGGAAAAUCGGCUUCUCUGUUUGUGAUUGGAGCUGCACUGGGUGAGAUGUGCAUUCCUGCUGCAGUGGGAUAUCUCCAAGGAAGGUUCCACCACGUCCCUGUGGUUAUGUACACUGCCUUGGUGACGUCCGCAGUGACCGUCCUGCUCUUCCCUCUGAUGUACAAAUUGGCCAACUGUCCUGGUGAGAGUGAUUUGAAAGAUCGGAGCGAGAGCGAGGACCAGACAGCUUUGUUGUCAAACCCAGGGCAUAAUGGGGAUGAAGAGGAUGAGGAGGAUGCAGGAGAGUGGAACGAAGCAGACUUUGAGGUAAUAGAAAUGAAUGACACACUGAGGAACUCUGUGAUAGAGACCUCCCGUAAAAUACCAGGGGACUCUCCGGCCGAAGUCCCUCUCCAGCCCCAUCUGGACAAUGUUCUGCACGAUUCUCCAAUGGUUGCUGGUGGCUCCCCUGGGAGGAAAACUGUGAGUGUUGAGCGGGAGAAGAACGAUUAAAGUGAAAGCUGACUUUUUUUUUUUUUUUAAGGAAAAGCAAUUGAAUCGUAAUUUUUCUUGCAAAGUGGUUCCAGAAUCCUUUUAUAGCAGCGCACAGCUCGGUGUGUUCAUUUCUGCAUUUGUCUGGCCCUUUCUCCUCUUUCAUUUUCAGCCUGCAGCGGCGCAUUGCAGAGCCAGAGCGUCCACCAAUGACUGGGGUAACCUGAUAAGAUGUAUGGGCUGUACCAAAAAUGUUAAAAUGAGACGUUUUCUAAAUGUGAGAUGCACAUUGAAGUAAUGUUUGCUGUGAUAAGAACUAACUAGGAAAGAGAGGACUGCUCAGGCUCAGGUGUUUAGGGGGUGGGUGGCACCAAACUUUCUUUUAGCUUGUGGAAGAGGAAUCUUUCUACUGCACUGACAGUUUGUAUGACAUAAACCAGGAAAUCAAGUCCAAUUGCAGGUGAUGCCCAGAGGCUGCAAAUAGGAGAACUUCCUGCCAAACCGUAUAAUUUGCUGUUUCUGUCACCAAGACAAAAAAAAAUCCUCCUAAAAAUUAAUUUUUAUGAGUGGAACCGUGGCUCUGGGUCAUUUAAAAGUGGUUUAUGGGAAGAGGGGGUACAAAAUGGGUCGUAUUAAUCUGCUCUUAUGUGUAUCUCUGAUUUACCAGUUAAAGAGUGGUUACAAAUCUAUCUAAAGUACUAGUGAUUGCACUUGUGAUUUUAGUUACUGCACUACCUUUGAAAUCAAGACAUGCUUGAAGGAGAUGAAACUAUACAGAUUACUUAAUAUAUGGUAUUGCCAUAGGGCUGUGAUGUUUUUGAGCCAGUUGGUUAAAUUAAGGUUAUACCAAUUUUUCUGGCUUCCUGUGGGCAAGACUUUAACACAGUGAUGUGUUAAGAUGAAAAAUCUGAAAACGAGAGGGAAUUAUUGCCAAGACAAUCUGAUCAGGUUGCACUGUGCAAUCGCUCGCCCUGACGACUCGCAGGCAGGGGUUGCAGCUGUAGGUUUGUGGCUGCUGAGUGGCAAGCCGAGGGCAGGGCCGAUCGUUCCCAGCGCUCCCAGCAAGAGAAAAAAACCAGCUGCUAAUGACACAAUCAGGCUCUGAAACCACAGUCUUGCAAUUUGUCUACUUGAAACUCCUGAUUGUAGGUUAAGUAUUUUUUUUAAGGCUGCGUGAUCAGAAUGUGGUCAUGUUUGGUGAUUUUCCACUUUGCACUUUUAUUACUAUUUUUCCGGUUUAGGAGUUUAAUUUAAUAACAGAAGAGCUUUAGGUGUAACAUAGCACAGAGUUGUGGCUGUUCAGUGUGUUUCCAGGUCUGGGUUUGUUCCCUCUCCUGUCCCCCAGUUGUGUACCCUAGAAUCUCAUGGCUUUUUCUUUUCUUCUGAGAAGUCGGUAAGGUCUUGUAGAGAAAACAUAUAAUUUUUUUGCAUCUUGCCAUGCCAAAGGGCCUCCCUCUCACUCUGCUGUUGUCGCCUUAAUGCUGUUGUGGUUUUUCCGGAUGAUACCUUUUUUUCCCCCCUGGUGUUUACAUGCAUUUCUGUGGCUCCUUUCCCAAUGCAAUGCAUGAACCUGCACUUUAAAUUACAGACUUCUUUCACUCACUGCACAACGGUCCUCUUCUUUGUAUAAGGUACUGAAGAGUGCUCUUAAACGUUCUGUUCUUGGUGGCAGUGACAGCGCUUGUUCAGCUGCGUGGCCGGAUGUGUUCAGCUCUGUUUCACACGUAACAAAUGAAGGGGUGUGGCAGGGGCAGUGACUCAUGGGAGCGCAGACUAAGCCUCCAUUCCGUCAACUUUCCUUUCCCCUCCUGCGCUCUACUGUAACCAUUUUGUGUGUGUAGGGAGCAGGGGUGUUAACUGAUAGAAAGGACAAAUCCUGUUGGUGGAUGGGGGGUGCGAUGGUGACACCUGCUUCUGCUCCGCCUUGCAGGAGUUCCCAACAGCCCUGGGGAGCUCACGGGUUUCCUCUGGGGUUGCUGCAGGACAGACAACAAAAGAUACAGAAAUGGUUCCAUGGUGGCUUCCCGCAGACCUGCCAUCCACAGGCCUCACCUGAAUAGGCAGCAAGGUGAAGUUUCCCCAGACCUCAAAUCAUGUUGCCAGGGGAAAAUUUGUUCAAGAAACACACCUGGGAAGCAGGAAGAUUUAAAAUAACAUCCAAUUCAUACACCAACUUUUGGAAUUAAAUUCCAAUUUGGAACGUCCCACACCUAAGCUUGUUCUCAGGGAUAUUUUACACAUCUUGCAAAAUCAAGUACUAAAAAAACCCAGAAAAAUGAAAUUAAAGCCGCAGAAGGAAAAACAUUGUAACCUCUCUGAAACUUGCCCGCGUAUUGACUGCUUCAAUAUGCACGGCUUAUUUGUGUUCCUGACUAACACCUUCCCAACAAAUGUAAAAAUAUGGUGGAAAACAAAGAUUUUGUUUUUACUGGCUGUAUUAAUUCCUGUGUGAGUCACUUGAAUUCAUCCCCUUUUGCCCCCUUAAAAGCCCAUGUUGUAGGAGUGGAGCAACAGCCUGGAAUGCCAAGGUCAGAGCAGCAUGUGGCAAGAAGUAAGGGAUCCAAAAUGCAGUGGUAAGGAGACAGUGGAACUCUCAUUAUUGUUGUAUCUUGAAAUGGUACCAUGUAAAAUGUCCAGUUGAUAUGUGGAAACUCUUGUUUGGAUCAUGUCUAAAUUUUGAGUGAGCACUUAGAACCUUCAGUGUCUCAAUUCUGGCCUCAGGCUGGAACUGGGAUAUCCUUAUAGCACUCGUUCUCCUCAUCCCCUAAAAGCAUGCUGUUAGUGGCAGGGGCUGCCCUUAAAUGAAAAUGAAAUGGUUAAAGCAUUUAAUCUUCAUGGUUAAGAUUAAAACAAAUCCAGGACAUUUCCAACAAUGAAUCCAGCUCACAGCAGUUCUACACACACUUGGAUGUUCCAGGCUGUAGCUUUCCUACAGCCUUUUCUUGGAUAAUGGUAUUCCUCAAGGCUUCUUUUUAGGGAAUGAACAUUAGUUGUCACCUGUUUUAAUUCCAUUUCAAAGUAAAGAGCUUCUUGGCACACGCAGCUGAAGGGAGGAUGUGUUUACAGUGUGGAUCUGCUCACGGUGCCUUUGAAGUGACAGGUCCUCCAGAAAGCAUCAGUGCUUACACUUAGGUGUUAUGGGUUGACAUUGAAGUAAACUUGGGUUACUUUCACUUUACCAUUGCCUUGCUUAUCUUAGAAAAGUCGUCUCAGUGUUGAGGACGAGAGCUGUGGUCUGUGGAUCAGAUCUCUGAAUUUAAUAAGAAUCCUGCUUUUGUCCAUAAAACCAGGAAUGGGUUGGAGAUGAGCACUUGUCCAUUUCUCUGGCGUUAGAGGUAACCUCUUACAGUCAAGCGUUAUUUACUAGUUUUAUUUCUCCCUGAAGCGCUGCCCAUUGAUGGAUUGUGUCACAAGCACUAAUGUGUAGGCUCUGGCAUUUGCACUUUUAUUUGGCCUGUGAACAAUGCUGAGUGUGAGGGUGGCCAAAGUUCUGUGCCUUGAUGGUUUUUUUUCUUUAGUUUCUUUGCAUAAAAGCACAUCACCACCUGUGGCUGUUGUGUUCUAUAUUGAAGAGCUUUUAUCCUGCUGGGUGUGGGUUUACAUUGCACUGCAUUCUGCGAAAUGGAAUACUGAUUGUAUCGUGAAUGUAAUAAAUUCUUAACUGGAGAAGGCACUCAGGUUCCUUGAUGUAAAUAAAGUUUUCUUCUAUUUUUCAAA